ACAAGCCAGCGUCCUCUGAGUUAAGGUGAAAGCGAAAGCAGGAAGCGUCAGACGUGGAGCCCUGCAGAGAACAGGCCUCUGCUUUUCUUGCUCCCGGCUGGGCCCACUCCUUUCACCCGCGACCACCCAGUCCCUGACCAUCCUACGAUGCUGCAAACAGAGCUAGAACCCCGAGGGGGCUUCUCCUUCGAGAACUGCCAGAGAAACGCAGCCUUGGAACGCGCCCUCCCGGAACUGCGGGCCCCUCAUGCCCGCAAGACCGGGACCACCAUCGCGGGCCUUGUGUUCCGAGACGGGGUCAUCCUGGGCGCGGACACGCGGGCCACUAACGAUUCGGUCGUGGCGGACAAGAACUGCGAGAAGAUCCACUUCAUCGCGCCCAAAAUCUACUGCUGUGGGGCUGGAGUAGCCGCGGACGCCGAGAUGACCACGCGGAUGGCGGCGUCCAACAUGGAGCUACACGCGCUGUCCACGGGCCGCGAGCCCCGCGUGGCCACGGUCACCCGCUUUCUGCGCCAGAAGCUUUUCCGGUACCAGGGCCACAUCGGUGCGUCGCUGGUCGUGGGCGGCGUAGACGUGACCGGACCGCAGCUCUACAGCGUGCACCCCCACGGCUCCUACAGCCGUCUGCCCUUCACGGCCCUGGGCUCCGGCCAGGACGCGGCCCUGGCGGUGCUGGAGGACCGGUUCCAGCCGAACAUGACGCUGGAGGCCGCGCAGGGGCUGCUGGUGGAAGCCAUCACUGCAGGAAUCCUGGGUGACCUGGGCUCCGGGGGCAGUGUGGAUGCAUGUGUGAUCAUGGGAACCGGCGCCAAGAUGCUGCGAACACUGAGCUCACCCACAAAGCCCAUAGAGAGGCACACCCAGUACCACUUUGCCCCUGGGACCACAGCUGUCCUGUCUGAGACAGUGAAGCCACUGCCCCUGGAGCUGGUGGAGGAAACCGUGCAGACCAUGGAAGUGGAGUGAAGUAAGCUGAAGCUUAGAGCUUGGAACAACAGGGAAUAAAUGCAGAAAAUACAGACACCUGAA